UAUAACAUGUUUGUCAGCCUUUGCCACUUCUUUACAGCAGUGCGCACUGUACACAUUCUGCAUUAGCGAUGGGUGGUCCAAAUCUUGAAGUCUUCAAAUUUGGCCUAUACUUGUUCGUACCCGUCAUGGCAUUGCUGCAUUUCGGUGAUCCUGCUUGGUACCAUAAUCAUGUCCUUCCUUAUAAGGAUCAUCUAUUCCCGGCCUCGGAUAGGACUCACAGCAAAAUACCAACAGAUCAAACCGCCAUCCGAGAAGAGCUGGCAAGAAUAAAGGCAUACAAACUUGCGCGACGAAUGGAGCGGGAGAAAGAACUUCAGAUUCAGUCAGAGGCAGCUGCGCAGAGUUCAAAAGGAUGGUUCAAAUGGUGGUAGUUCAGGGCAGCGUUGUUAGGUCUCCCUUGCUUCCUCCCAAAUGCAUGCAUUUAUUUCAUCCAGGUUCUCCGUAUUGUCCCAAUGUAUCUAAUCCACAUCUAUCCUCCAAUCUCAUUGCUCAGGAUGCAGAAUAGUAGACGUGGUCUGGCGGAUCGGUAGCGA